GGCUGCAGACUAAUGUGUGUGUUUCCUUCAGUCUCCGUUCCCAGGGGACGAUGAGGAGGAGGUGUUCGACAGCAUAGUGAACGAUGAAGUACGCUACCCUCGUUUCCUCUCCACCGAGGCCAUCGGCGUCAUGAGACGGUUGUUGAGAAGGAACCCUGAAAGACGUCUGGGCUCCGGAGAGAAAGACGCAGAAGAUGUGAAAAAACAACCUUUCUUCAGGAGUGUGGACUGGGAGGCUCUCCUUCAGAGGAAACUCCCGCCUCCGUUCCUCCCGACCAUCGGAGGGAAAGAAGACGUCAGCAACUUCGAUGUGGAGUUCACCGCGGAGGCUCCGGCCCUCACGCCCCCCCGAGAGCGCCGCACGCUGUCCCUCAAAGAGCAGGACCACUUCAAGGACUUCGACUACGUAUCUGACCUCUGCUAGGGGGUCAAGGUCAGCUGAAACAGACCUUGAGGACUCUGAGAAGUGACUCUUGACGGACCCUCUGGAGGCAAAGGGCCUCUCUAACUUAAUUUGUGGAUCACGUGGCGUUUAUUCCAAUGUGUCACGGAUCUACUGACCUCCAGAGAUCUGCAGAUCCGUGACAGGAAGCUGUGACGAUACCGGAGAAUAAUCCAAAUUAAGUAACAAAUGGAAGAUGAUGGUGGAUCCUGCUGAGAGCCUAUGAAUCAAUGAGUAAAAAAGAGAUGUCUCUUCUCUCUUUUUGUCCCUUUUAUCAUCGCUAUGUGUUGCUGCUAAGUGUGUUUCCCUGCCUCAGUGAAUGUAUCAGCUGCACCACCUGGACUCAAACGCAAGGGGGAGCCAGAGGGAAGAAGAAGUGCUCAUUUCGCACAAAUAAAAGUGAGUAUUACCACAGAAGGAGGGUGCUGUUACAGCUCACGUCCACUCUCUUUCGGUACAACACAGAUUUUUAACUACAAUCAUUUUUCAAUGACUUUUACAGUUUCCUUUUUUGUGAUUUAUAGUUUGUAUUUCCCCCCGUCUGUGUUCCCUCCCGUCUGUGUUCCCUCCUCUGUCAUUUGCUCGUGAAAUAUGUUGGACCUGUGACUCAGUAAAGAUGUGAACCCAA